ACGGCGAGCGAUUUCAUGGUGGGCGAUGGUAGAAUGGGGUGUUGCAGGGGAAGACGGUGUGAACGAAGAAUAUAUUUUACGAAUAUAAAGUCUCACGGCAAUGAUAAUCGACUCAAACGCGUUGAAUACUUCGAGCAGUCGAAGUCUCGUGCGAUUGCUACGGUACGGUCCAAUUGACGGAAAAUCACUUAAGGAAUCGCCAGCGGGAAAAAUACUUUCAUCGAAAUUUUGUUAAACGCCCGAAAUCUGUUAACCGUUACGACGAUCUCACAUUGCAAACCCAGUUAUUCAUCCAUUUUCGAAAGUAGUGAAUAAUUGUAAAAGUGUGUGAAAUAAAUAAAGAAAAUUAAUCCGUUUAAACGCUAAGCACAAAACUAAUGACAGUGACAGCUAGUAAAAUAACACAACCUUUUAAGUUAUACCAGCGCAUAUGCACACACAAACAAACCUACAUACAUACGUUCAAUUGAUUAAACCGACUAAAACAAAAAAAAAAUCAAAAUGUGUCUAAGUUCCAGUUCCGGUUCUGGCAUGCAAAAUGAUCAAAUUCGGAAAUUCGUUGAGCAUGGAAUGCCCGAGAAAAUUGUAAAGACCGUUCAGUAUACACUGCGAAAGCGUGCCGCCGAGCGGAAUUCCACCGUAGCCAGCAUGGAGAUUUCUGACCAGCAUAUGGGUCCAUACAGUACUGCUGCAGCAGAAACAAAAAAUCCACGCACUCCAGAUAAAACGGGAACGUUGGGCAUUCCACGGCUUUGUGGGCGUUUCCGCAACCUGCAAACUACCAGUAAAUCACAGGAUAAAAUCACAAACAUCGGCGCCGCUGGUACCGACGAAGCCUUCGCGGUGACCGGAACAACCAAGCCCAAUCACACCAACAAAAUCGACAUGGACGCACUGGCUAUAACAACACAAAUGACGAAACACUUUGUACAACAACUUCAUGGCGUUGCGGAAAAAAUGCAAAGCAGCAAAUUAUACAGAAUGCUGACGAGCACGGCGCAGCCAGCGCAUUUAAUCGCCGUCUGUGUGCUGACAUUUGUGCUAUUCACUGUUUGGCCAGAUAUCGUGGACACACGCAAUUCUACCGCCAAAAGCGUUGCAGGAGGACAAGCAUUAUCUAAGGGCGGCGAAUGUCAGACGCCGCAGCAGCAGCAGCAGCACCACACAUUGGCGGUAAUCGCAUACUUAGCUGCAUUCGCAACUCAUUUCGGUUCCCAAAUAUGGAUGACAUUCAUCUCGGGUCUUUCAUUGUACUUCCAAUUGCCACGUCACACAUUUGGCCAAUGUCAGCAGAUUUUGUUUCCCCGUUAUUUUGCUCUCAGCUCCGCAUUGAGCAUCAUUAUGUUAGUACUUUUCGUCAAGUACUUUCUCAACUCCUGGAAUUUGGCUGCAUUGAUUCAACUGACAGCGUUGGCUGCCACAGCUUCUAUUGAGCUCAUAAUACGCCUCUAUCUGGCGCCUCCAAUGCUGCGGCUAAUGCACGAAAAAUAUCGAAUUGAAGGUGCUAUCGGCAGUGGACGGGAAGUGGGCUCCCUCGAGCAGGGUGAUCUCAUCAGUUGUCCACACUAUCAACGUAUCCACAAAACAUUUCGUCGCAUCCAUAUGACAAUAGCCAUGGGCAAUAUGACUGUGCUAUUGGCUACAUGCCUUCAUUUAUAUUUUCUAGCAUCGAAAAUACAAAUCAGCUAAGGUAGUAGAAAGUGGACUAUGCUAUGCUACAUAUGCAUAUGGGACGAGGAUAUAUCCCCCAAAAAAAAAAA